AUGCCGGCCGUGCGAUGGAGUGAGCAGCUAAAGGCGGUGCGUCGUUUGUCGUUGUGGACGUGGUCGGUGGUCUCGUUAGGAUGUGUCAUUUUGUGUAUGGAGAGUUCCUUGAUGGCCAGUGGCUGUGACGUGAGUGCCUUGACCACCUUGGCGCUCUUGGGAGCGUUCUGCGAUUGGUUCCCUCAAGUGUCAUCUCUGGCUGUGCUCGCACUCGCCGGCUUCACGCUUCCUCUCGUGAAUCACAAAGUAGCACUCUACUCCCAGGCGCGCGCACUGUGGCAGGAAACUGUCGAUCUCGCAAACCUCCCGCUCCUUGACAUGCUUGCCGACGACGCUGACUUCAGAGCCACUCUGCCAACCACAGGACCUCUGACCGGCACUCUCGGGGGUAUUCCAGGGGAUCCCCCGCUCAUGUUUGAAAUAGACCAAGCUGCCGACCAAGCUCCCGACCAAACUGGCGACCGUGCCAGUCCCACUGGCGCCGCACCCGGCCCCACGGGUGCCGGCCCCACGGGUGCUGGUCCCACUGGCGCUGAAAAGGAUGUCAUGGCGCUGCCGGAGCCCGUCGUGAAACACCCGCUUAUCGAUGCAGUCAAGAUCCAGAACACCCCCGUUCGAGUCGACCCGUUGACACUAGCACACCCGAGGUCGUUCACACGACCGCCGACAACGCGACCCUUCUCCGUGUCUAUGGCUACUAGAGAAAAGGCAGCUGGAGGAGGACGGGUGGCUAACGGCCAAGGAGGGAAUCACGACUUGAGACCUGUGUUCAUCGCCAACAUGACUGCUGAGCGCGUCCGUUCCAGCGGUCAAGCAACGGCCUCACGUCCGGUGAAACGAACCGUGGGCACCAAGCCUGUGCGGAAACCCGCAGCACCGGCUCCCACCGUAUCAGACGGGGAAGCGACGACUCUCGAGGGAUUCGUGGAUAACGACUCGAGCGGAGUCGAGCAAAGCCCGAAAAUGCUUCAAUCCAAGUUAUCGUCGACUUCCAAUCCGUCGUUAAUUAGUGGGUCGCCGGAGACCGGGCAUUUAGAAGAAAACGAAAGAGAGGAGGGGUACUUGGAGAGUGAGGAGGAGCAACUCGAAAGAGAUGAGGAAGUGAUGACGAUGGUUAAGGAGCCGAUCGUGUUUUCGUGGGCAGAGCACUUCGGGCCGCGACGUGUUUUCGAGGGUGCGGAGGUGACUUUUUCGAAGGGGCGUUUCCCGGAUGUUGCGUCGGCCGAGGCUGUGUCGUCGUUGCCGGAUCCGCCGGAGCCGUUAUGGCGUCGACGUACCGAGUUCUCGGGUGUGAAUGGAUUGUACAAAACUCUUUUGCGCGUGGCGGAGGGUAGCCCCGAGAUUCGGCACAUCGCGCUUUCCACGAAUCCCAUUUUGGAUGUGCUGGACCUAGUCGACUCGCUGCCGGAUCAACAACGCCGGCAGCGGCUCCGAAGAGUAUUCGACCUCUACAAACUCUCACCCCUCAUUCAACUCGGGGUACAACCAGCCAUCCCGUUUCCGGUAAGCGCCGGAAACAAGCAGCCCUCAAACCUGUCGGAAGAGCGGCAUGGACGGAGCAAGGUGUUUGUUUAUGACCCUUGGGGUGCGGCGACGUUUGUGGGAGCGUUGAUGGCGUCCAGCAGCGCUGAAUUCGAUCGUCUGGCCGCUCUCGUGCGCCGCAGUCAGUUCAUGACCCUGCUUUCCGAAGACGAGGUCCGCAUCGCUGCAACGCUCCUCGAACGCAUUGCCACUGUCGCCCUAGAGCACCCCGUCGCCCGCAAUACCACAUUCGAGUUCGUCGUCUCCGGCAGACCCAUUCAGGAAGCGCCUCAGACACUCACCAACCUUCUCAAACAAUUCGAAUCCACCACUGACCGUAUCAACACUGACCGUAUCAACACUGACCGUAUCAACACUGACCGUAUCAACACUGACCGACUCAACACUCACGGAAGAAAACCGCUAGAACAUAUUCGCACCCUAGAACACACGUUCGAUUACACGAACGAGAAAGCACACCCGAACGAGGCUCUUAUUCCGAGCAAUCGCGAGGUGUCUCGUUCGAAGAACCACCCGAACGUGAUGCAUCCUCUGAACGUGAUGCAUCCUCUGAACGUGAUGCAUACUCUGAACGUGACGCAUCCCCCGAGCGAGACACAUCCUCUGGGCAAGACGCAUUUUCAGACAGUCCGUCCCCGUCAUCGCUCAGCCAACUUAGUGGAAGUUUACGGGACGGCUUUCCGGACACAUUUUCUGGAGCACGGAACGAGGGAGCAAGUGGACUAG